AGUAAAAUGAUGCUGAAUGAAUUUACAUCAUUCUUUGAUAAUCUCGAAGUAAUACCUAAAAUCAAACAUAUUUGGUCUAAGUUUUAGCUUAGUACAUAUGAAGUAAAUAAAAUAUGAAAAUCGAUAGAAUGAUUCCAUCAUUUUUGAAUCUGUGUGUCAUAAAAUAAGUAGAAAAACUUAAAAGCUUAAACCAAUAAUAAUUCAAUUAGGUUAGGAACAUUUAUAUUUAUUCAAAAAUAAGAAUCCUCAUGGAAUGUUACUAUUGACUGUAGUAGUGAUGACUAUUUAAAAAAAUGAGAAUGGAGUGAUGAUCAGAUUAUUAAGAAAUGAAUAAUACAUUGAUAUUAUAACAACAGAUGCAAUGCUAUUUAAACAAUUGUUAGCAUAUAAAUGUCUCUAGACAACGUUUCAUGAUGAAUUUGGAGUAACAAAAAUGAUCGGGAAAGGAAGUUUUGCAAAAGUGUAUUUGGCAGCAAAGAAAUAAACAGGAGUGUAAUAUGCAAUAAAAGCAUUUAACAAAGAAUUUAUGUUAGAGUAAUUUAAAGGGAAGGAAAGUUUAGAGAAUGAGAUACGUGUAAUGAGAAGAUUGAAUUAAGAGAAUCUUGUACAUUUACAUGAAGCAUAUGAGACAUAAAAUUCAAUAUAUUUUGUGAUUGAUUUGCUUUAAGGAGGGGAACUACUUGCAAGAGCAAAAGCAAAUCCUUUUUCAUUAGAUACUCUUUAAAAAUUAAUGUACAACUUUAUAAAAGCAUUGGUACAUAUACAUAGUAAGAAAUGUAUACAUAGAGAUUUGAAACCAGAAAAUUUAUUAUUAAAAUCAAAAGAGUCAAAUGUGGAUGUAGUAAUAGCAGAUUUUGGAUUGGCAGCAUUUUUAGGAGAGGAGAUUUUAUUUAAAAGAUGUGGUACUCCAGGAUUUGUAGCACCAGAAAUAUUACUGUAUAAGGAAGAUGAUCCAUUUUAUGAUGAUAAAUGUGAUAUAUUUAGUGCAGGUGUUAUAUUCUAUAUAUUAUUGACUGGAAGAUAACCAUUUUAAGGAUCAGAUUAUAAGGCAAUAUUAAAAGCAAAUAAGAAUUGUGAAAUUAAUUAUAAUAUAAAAUAAAUUCAAUAGGUAUUUUAGUUUAAUAAAUAGGCAUCUCCGAAAUUAUAAGAUUUAUUAAGAAAAAUGUUAUAAUAAAAUCCAAAAGAUAGACCAAAUGCUGAGAAAUGUUUAUAACAUGCUUAUUUUGAAGAAAUAUUUAAUAAAAAUGAUUUGGUUGAAAUUCAUGAGAAUUUAAUUGAAUAUGAGAUAGAACAUGAAAGAAGAUUAUAAAAAAAAGGAAGUUUUGAUAGUUAAGUAGGUUCAAUGGAAUUAGUAGUGAGAUCUCCAAUUUUAAAUGGAAGAAUUGAUACUAUAGGAUCUUUAUCUGUUUGUUCAGGAUAAGGAUCUACAAGCCGUUUAGAAAAGGCAUAACCAUAAUAAUAAUAAUAAUCAAAAUUUAGUUAAUUUUGUUAGACAAUGAAAAGUGUAUAGUAAGAUAGUAAUAGUAAUACUAUGGCUUCUCCCUUAAAUAAAAAGAAAGAUUAAUAAGAUUUACAUAAAUUUGCAUUAAAGAAUUCUUAUUAGUAAAAAUAAAUGAGUAAAGAUGAUGAUUAUGUAAAUGAAGAAUCUGCACAUUUAGAUGAUGCAAUAUAGAAAUUAAAUAGUUAAGCUCCAAAAAUAGGACUAUUUAAAAAGAGUUCAUCUUACAAAGUACCUAAAACAACUUAAGAAUGAUA